UCCAAGAAGGUGGAACUUUGUGCUUCCCAGCCGGCUCAAAUGGGAAUUAUGUUUCUGCUGCUAGAUUUCUGAAAGCAAAUGUUAUGACUAUUCCUACCCACUCUGAAGCAGGGUUUAAGUUGACAGAAAAGAUACUUACCGGUGUAUUCGAGGCUGUGAAUAAACCAUGGGUGUAUAUUUCUGGUCCAACAAUCAACCCAACUGGCUUGAUUUACAGCAAUGGAGAGAUAGAAAGCACAUUGUCUACAUGUGCUAAAUUUGGGGCAAGAGUUAUAAUUGAUACUUCAUUCUCAGGAUUGGAAUUUGACUGUACGGACUGCGGUAGUUGGGAGUUGGAGCACAGUUUAGCAAAACUAUACAUUUCUGGCAAACCAACUUUUUGCGUGUCUCUGCUUGGAGAACUGUCUCUGAAUAUGCUUACUGGAGGGCUCACAUUUGGGUUUCUAGUUCUAAACCAGCCUUUUUUGAUUGAUACAUUCCAUAGCUUUUCAGGACUAAGCAAACCUCACAGCACUCUUAAAUACACUCUGAAGAAGUUGCUGGAUCUUAGAGUGCAGAGAGCAGAGAACCUAUUGGAUGCCAUUGCAGAACAGAAAAAACAUUUGGGAAGUAGAUCUAAGCGCUUGAAAGAGACUUUAGAGAAUUGUGGAUGGAAGGUGAUUGAAGCACUUGCCGGUGUUUCCAUGGUGGCAACACCGUCUGCCUAUCUGGGCAAGACUCUUUCGCUCAAAGGAGAUGCCAAUUCUUUUCAAGCCAAGCUUGAGGACUCAAAUAUCCGAGAAGCCAUAGUCAAGGCCACAGGGCUAUGCAUCAACAGCGCUUUGUGGACUGGAAUUCCUGGCUAUUGUCGCUUCACAACUGCCUUGGAAGACAGUGAAUUUGAGCGUGCAUUGGAUUGCAUCAUCAAAUUCAAAAAGCUCAUCAACAACUGAAAAACAUUUUGUCGUACCCUCCUAUCAGAUUCUUUGUUUUCACGAGUUAGCUGUUGUGGAGUGAAUUAAUCCUCCCAUUGUUGAGUUCCAAAACCAAUUUUUUGAGAUUUUUACACAAUUUUGUGCUCAUUGAGAUUUCAAUUGGCCAUGCAUGUCUCUACUGAAUUACUAAUGCCAUCUCGAUCACUUGGUUGUGGCUUUUGCGAUGUCCAACAAAGUAGAGCUGUUUGAAACAUUUUUGCCAUUCAUAUAAUAAUGAAGGUAUGUCUUCCCUUAUUUAUUUUCGUUUGUUCAUGUAAAUUUCUUACAGAAAUUAAAGAGUUCACAUCUACAUUGAAUAGGUGCUACAUACAAAGAAACACACAACUGCUUGUUGGCUCAUCAAA